UCCGAUGUGUGUGAACAGGUAGAGGCCAGGCAACGAGCCAGAGGCAGCCUGUGAUAGGUUGAGGGACAGUGUGACGUGUCAGUGAGACGCUAUAGAAGCACCGAGCUGGCGGGAGCAAGCUGCCUCUUCUGCCUGGAGAGAAGGAGUGGAAGAGAAAGAGCGAGAAAGGGAGUGCGAGGAGAGAAAUAUAGGACCAACUCCUUGUGACGUUCUACAACUCUCCGAGGAAAAGCACCAGUCGUCUCCUCUGAGAAUAUCCACUUCCCUCCGACACACUCUCUAUCUGCUUCCCUCCAACUAGGUGGAGGGAGACAGGAACCAAGAAAGAAAAAAAGAGAGACUGAGGGAGGUUGAGGGUAGUAAGUGUUCCACCACAUGGCUAGAAUCUAGAGGGCCAGUAGGGAGCGUUUCCAGGGCAGGAGAGCAGUGUGGUGCUGGUGGAGGACAGAACAGCAUGGCCCUGUUCAGCACUGGCCCUCAGAGCCUGGGCUCCUACUACUGCCUCAUCCGCAGGAGGUUCAAGAGGAGGCGCAAGAAACGCAGCGAGCGCCAAGGUGGAGCCGGAGCCAGGCAGCCCCGGGCCCAGCAGAAGCUCUUCACCAUGGACGUGGAUGAAGAGGAGAACAUGAGUUCGAGCAGCACCGACGUAAAGGAAAACCGUAACCUGGACAACGUCUCCUCCAAAGAGGGGGCAGCUGUAGGCGAGCAGCUUCCCAAUGGCAGUGGCGGGGGCAGCAGGAAGCGCCCCCUAGAGGAGGGCAACAACGGCCACACGCUGUCCAAGUUCCGGGCCAAGAAGCGUAAGAAAACACCGGGCCCGGUUCUACCAAAGAAUGCCCUUAUGCAGCUGAAUGAAAUCAAGCCGGGGCUACAAUAUAAGCUGCUGUCUCAAACAGGUCCGGUCCACGCUCCCGUGUUUGUCAUGACCGUUGAGGUCAAUGGGCAACUGUUCGAGGGCUCAGGUCCGACUAAGAAGAAGGCCAAGCUGAAUGCGGCAGAGAAGGCCCUGCGCUCCUUUGUCCAGUUCCCCAACGCCUCCGAGGCGCACCUGGCUAUGGGCCGGACACUGACAGUCAACACGGACUUCACAUCCGAUCAGGCCGACUUCCCAGACAUGCUCUUCAACGGGUUUGAGACGCCCGCACCACCCGAGGACUCCUUUUACCUGGGAUCCAAUGGCAGCGGCUCCUUAAACUCGCUGGGAGAGUAUCCCCUGCCCUCCACGCCAGGUGCUAACCUUGCCCAGGCGCCGUUGCCCCCUCCCUCCUCCUUCACCUCGAACUCGAGCGGAAAGAAUCCCGUCAUGAUCCUCAACGAGCUGAGGCCGGGCCUCAAGUACGACUUUGUGUCGGAGAGCGGUGAGAGCCACGCCAAGAACUUUGUCAUGCAGGUGUCGGUGGACUCACAGCAGUUUGAGGGCUCUGGACGAAACAAGAAGUUGGCCAAGGCCCGGGCCGCCCAGGCAGCCCUCUCAGCCCUCUUCAACAUGCAGCUGGACCAGACACCCUCCCGACAGCCCAUCCCCAGAGAGGGACUGCAGCUCCACCUACCCCAGGUUCUCGCCGACGCCGUCUCUCGCCUGGUGGUGGACAAGUUCAGCGAGCUGACAGACAACUUCACCUCGCCCCACGCGCGACGGAAAGUCCUGGCGGGAGUCGUCAUGACAACAGGCACGGACGUGAAAGAGGCCCAGGUGAUCUGCGUCUCCACGGGCACCAAGUGCAUCAACGGCGAGUACAUGAGCGACCGCGGCCUGGCGCUCAACGACUGCCACGCAGAGAUUAUCGCCCGCCGCUCGCUCAUCCGGUACCUCUACGCCCAGCUGGAGCACUUCCUGAGCAACAACAAGGAGGAGCAGCAGAAGUCCAUAUUCAUGCGCUGUGACAAGCGUGGCUACCGGCUAAAGGACAACGUCCAGUUCCACCUCUACAUCAGCACCUCGCCGUGCGGAGACGCGCGCAUCUUCUCGCCGCAUGAGGCCGGCAUGGAAGACCAAGGAGACCGCCACCCCAACCGGAAGGCACGGGGCCAGCUGAGGACCAAGAUAGAGUCUGGGGAGGGGACCAUCCCUGUGAGGACCAGCAACACCAUCCAGACAUGGGAUGGGGUGCUGCAGGGCGAGAGGCUGCUCACUAUGUCCUGCAGUGACAAGAUCGCAAGAUGGAACGUGCUGGGCAUCCAGGGCUCUCUGAUGAGCUACUUCACGGAGCCCAUCUACUUCUCCAGCAUCAUCCUGGGCAGCCUGUACCACGCCGACCACCUCUCCCGGGCUAUGUACCAGCGCAUCGCCGACAUCGAGGACCUGCCCCAACAGUUCAGCCUCAACAGGCCUCUACUGAGCGGCAUCAGCAACGCAGAGGCGAGGCAGCCGGGCAAGGCGCCCAACUUCAGCGUGAACUGGGCAGUGGGCGACCAGGCGCUGGAGGUCAUCAACGCCACCACGGGCAAAGACGACAUGGGGCGCGCCUCGCGCCUCUGCAAGCACGCCCUCUACAGCCGCUUUAUUCGCCUGCACUCCAAGUUGUCAUCCACACUGAGGAUCAAGGUGUCCAAGCCCAGCUCGUACCACGACGCCAAGGAGGCGGCUGUAGAGUACCACAACGCCAAGCAGACGCUGAUCAAGGUCUUCCACAAGUCGGGCCUGGGGGCCUGGGUGAAGAAGCCCAUCGAGCAGGACCAGUUCUCCCUCAACUCCUGAUCGGGCAAUUAGGGGGGAACGUCUUCACUCAACCCACUGCACCCCAACCCCGUCUCUAGACCUGAGAGAGGCUCUUCGAAACUACCAGCCACUGAGACUUCACGUGUGUGUGCGUGCGUGCGUGUGUGUGCGUGCGUACAUGCGUGUGUGUGUGUAUGUUUGUCUGAGUGUGUGAGAAAUAAUGCACGUGGUUCUGGCCACCUCCCUCCGUCCAAAUCACUCUGCUCUCAUUCCUCAUCGCUGUGACGUCAUCACUUGCUGUGUCUGUCUGUUUGUUUUAAACCAACUAAAAUUCAAAUACCUUUUUAUGUCCUUAUGGAAAUAAAAAUGUAUGGUAUUUUAAACUGGAAUCCUAUUUAGUAGUUGUUUUUUGUUUGUAAGACUUGACAUGAGGUAGUCCAUAUACCAUGUAGUUACUAUAUAAGUACUUCUGUAACUAGAAUGUACAAUGAUUGGCCGGAUUCCAUUUCUGUUAUUCAGUUAAAUGUAAUUACACUAGGAAACUCAAAUGCCGUAUGACGUCAUGCUAUAUUUUUUACGUAUUGUGAGAUUUGACCUUUUUCUUUUCCUAUUUUAUUACAUUCUUGCCCCUGUAUUAAAAGCACAUACAGUGGGGAGAAGAAGUAUUUGAUACACUGCCGAUUUUGCAGGUUUUCCUACUUACAAAGCAUGUAGAGGUCUGUAAUUUUUAUCAUAGCUACACUUCAACUGUGAGAGACGGAAUCUAAAAUCCAGAAAAUCACAUUGUAUGAUUUUUAAGUAAUUAAUUUCCAUUUUAUUGCAUGACAUAAGUAUUUGAUACAUCAGAAAAGCAGAACUUAAUAUUUGGUACAGAAACCUUUGUUUGCAAUUACAGAGAUCAUACGUUUCCUGUAGUUCUUGACCAGGUUUGCACACACUGCAGCAGGGAUUUUGGACCACUCCUCCAUACAGACCUUCUCCAGAUCCUUCAGGUUUCGGGGCUGUCGCUGGGCAAUACGGACUUUCAGCUCCCUCCAAAGAUUUUCUAUUGGGUUCAGGUCUGGAGACUGGCUAGGCCACUCCAGGACCUUGAGAUGCUUCUUACGGAGCCACUCCUUAGUUGCCCUGGCUGUGUGUUUCGGGUCGUUGUCAUGCUGGAAGACCCAGCCACGACCCAUCUGCAAUGCUCUUACUGAGGGAAGGAGGUUGUUGGCCAAGUUCUCGCGAUACAUGGCCCCAUCCAUCCUCCCCUCAAUACGGUGCAGUCGUCCUGUCCCCUUUGCAGAAAAGCAUCCCCAAAGAAUGAUGUUUCCACCUCCGUGCUUCACGGUUGGGAUGGUGUUCUUGGGGUUGUACUCAUCCUUCUUCCUCCGAAGACGGCGAGUGGAGUUUAGACCAAAAAGCUAUAUUUAUGUCUCAUCAGACCACAUGACCUUCUCCCAUUCCUCCUCUGGAUCAUCCAGAUGGUCAUUGGCAAACUUCAGACGGGCCUGGACAUGCGCUGGCUUGAGCAGAGGGACCUUGCGUGCGCUGCAGGAUUUUAAUCCAUGACGGCGUAGUGUGUUACUAAUGGUUUUCUUUGAGACUGUGGUCUCAGCCUACUUCAGGUCAUUGACCAGGUCCUGCCGUGUAGUUUUGGGCUGAUCCCUCACCUUCCUCAUGAUCAUUGACGCCCCACGAGGUGAGAUCUUGCAUGCAGCCCCAGACCGAGGGUGAUUGAUCGUCAUCUUGAACCUCUUCCAUUUUCUAAUAAUUGCGCCAACAGUUGUUGCCUUCUCACCAAGCUGCUUGCCUGUUGUCCUAUAGCCCAUCCCAGCCUUGUGCAGGUCUACAAUUUUAUCCCUGAUGUCCUUACACAGCUCUCUGGUCUUGGCCAUUGUGGAGAGGUUGGAGUCUGUUUGAUUGAGUGUGUGGACAGGUGUCUUUUAUACAGGUAAGGAGUUCAAACAGGUGCAGUUAAUACAGGUAAUGAGUGGAGAACAGGAGGGCUUCUUAAAGAACAACUAACAGGUCUGUGAGAGCCGGAAUUCUUACUGGUUGGUAGUUGAUCAAAUACUUGUCAUGCAAUAAAAUGCAAAUUAAUUACUUAAAAAUCAUACAAUGUGAUUUUCUGGAUUUUUGUUUUAGAUUCCGUCUCUCACAGUUGAAGUGUACCUAUGAUAAAAAAUUACAGACCUCUACAUGCUUUGUAAGUAGGAAAACCUGCAAAAUCGGCCAGUGUAUCAAAUACUUGUUCUCCCCACUGUAGGUCAUGAUGCUAAAUACUCAUCCAAAAUGGCGGUUACAGUCAUUGAAUCAUCAUUCAUUUUAAAAUAUUCUCGUGAACAUUUUCCGCUUAUUUAUUUAUUUGGAUGACGUUGUUGGUCAUUGAAAACUUUCCCAUUCCAUACUUGAACAGGGGCCCUGGUGGAGGCUGUCGGUGAUUCCUCUCCAGUCCUUUGGCCUAGGGACUUUAGGGGAGUGGGUAGGCGCUGCACGUUUUUUUCUUCUUGACUUAAGCCAUGGCUUUGCAUGGGAACUGUCUCCGAGGUCUGCAGAGCUGAUUUGGUAGGGAACCACCAGGAUCUUCUCGAGUGAAUUUUGAAUGCCAGCAUUUUAUUUCUGCACAGGCAGCUUCAAAUCAUUUUUCUCUCUUUGUAUGUACUUGUUUUUGGGGAGGGAGGGGCUUUGUUUUUAGAAUUGCAACUUUUGACUUUUUCUUUUUUGAGGAUUGAAGGAUUGCACUGCAACUGAAUAGUGACAGGAAUUAAGUCUUUCCGUCAAUGACACUGCAUAGGAGCUACAUUGCACCUUCAUAAGCACGAGCCUCAUGGACAUUAUGCAUCCAUGCCCUGGGCAUUUAUAAAUGCUUAUGUUAACAACCUCAGUUUGAUAUGUCAUGGUCAUGCUACACAAUACAAGUAAGGUGACAUAACACAUCUUGUGUCAAUCUGGGGUUGUUAGGAAGGUGUAAAGUAGUCCAUAUGUCAUGUCAUUCAUAGAGAGCUGGGAAGAGCUUAUGUCAUCAUUUAAAUACCUUUUAAAGGCCCAAUGCAGCCGUUUUUAUAUCAAUAUCAAAUCAUUUCCGGGUAACAAUUAAGUACCUUACUGUAAAGAUUUUUUUAACAAAAAAGCAAGAAUUUUGUUGGGCUUUCUGGGAGUAAACUAGCUGUUAUUGGCAGAGCGGUUUGGAACUUUCUUUGUUAUUGGUCUAUUAACCAAUUUACAGCAUGUGAUGUCACCAUGGAAAGCCAAAACUCCCACCCAUGCAAACCUGCUGAUUAAAAAGUCCUGUGUAGAUUGUAUUUUCAACCAGCAACUAUCAGGAAAUAACACUGAUCAAAUUUUUUCACACUUUUCUAGUGUUAGUUUAAUCAGCUGUUGUACAAAAUGAUAUAAAACACAGGAAAAACUGCACUGGGCCUUUAAAGGCAACACGAAUGCUGAUUGCUCAUUGUGUGAGUAAACUUCCAAGGGAACACAAAGAAACGCAUGAGAGUUUUUACAAAGUUGAGUUUGGUACCACCCACCCACCAAAUGACCAAUCUGUGUAUGCUCGCUCCAAGUCCUAUUGGUCCAUAUACCUGGGUCUUCUAUAAGCCCUCUUCUCCACUGUCUGCCGUGUGCUAAUCUUUUCUAUUUCAACUAUUUCUACAACAUGAUAAACUCUGGAUGCCAGUAAGGACAACUUGCUACUGUAUUACCUGUGUGUUCUCUCUUAUAGACUGGUCAUAUACCUGUAAUAUCAGCAUUGUACAUUUGUUUAUUAUUGAACGUUGUGCGUUGCACUUGAUGGCCAGUGACAAACCACAAUUUGAACCGACACGCUGCAAAGGGAUUGAUAUUAUGAGAUAUUCUUUACUUAGUGUAUUUUUAUAUCCAAUAGAUUUGAUUCAAAACAGCAGGGGAAGGGUGUUUGCUUUGAGUCCCAGCAUUGUGUGUGUCGUGUGUAUGUCUAAAGUGAGGUGAGUGUGUGUGUGUGUGCGGGUAUAUGUGUGUGCGCAUGACACAGCUCAAUAAACGUCAUAACAGGAUAUUAGAGAUUGCUGUGGAAUCUUCACCAAAGAUUAUGUCCUUGUGUUUUCCCACAAUUUUCUUUUGAGCAACAAAAUAAAAAUUGGGAAUUAUUUUUUUAACACCUGUGUUUCUCACGCACAAAUUGCUGAUUUAAAAUAUGACAAUGUUUUAGUUAUUGUACUUUCAUUUUUUUCAAUUUAUUUGAUUUGUAUAAAAUGAUGGGUUUGUGUUCUGUUGUAUUCCAGCUUUGUGAUGGAAUCUUACUUGUCGGGCUCUUUCAGUAUUUCUGUAGCUGUUGAUUACCAAGGUGUAUAUAUUGUGAACCUCUCUGAUGUUAUAUUACUGUGGAAUGAUGGGGAUAAGAUUAAUACUGGUUAAACAUGUGAUGCCUGUGCAACUAUUCUUCCUUCCUUCACUGUCUAGUUCUUGUCCCCCCCCCCCCCCCAUGAAACUGCUGGGAUGUAUUUGAUUUGUUUUUGUCCUUUAAUUAGAACUCUUUAAAAAAACAGCUAGUCAGGUUCUUUCACUGCAGCGGCCAGAGAUUUGCUAGUCAUUGUAGAGCAAAAGUCAAAUGUCCUGUGUUGCUGUGUCCUUGUGAUACAAAUGUAUGUUCUGAAUCAUGUCCGUCCCCUUACCCCCACCGACAGAGGGGGAACCAUGCCACGAUGCAGGCCUCAGCCAAGAGAACUGGAUCAAGGUCACAAGCAAUAUAACCCCCAACGCCCCUUUUUAAUGAGGCCCAACCAGGAACGGGAGCAAAAAGAAUGGCUCCCCUCCCCCUCUGUUUCCCCCCCUUGUCGUAAUCUCUUUAUAAACUGACUGUCUGGAACUUUCUUUAAAGACUGCCUGCUUCUCUAUAGUAUGUUCCUUAUUUUUUUUGGACUGCACUAAAGAUGUCAAUCGAUGAUGUCAUGACACAAACCGUCCCCCAAAAUGGACAGGUCGGAACUAUUUCCAAGAAGCUGAACUGCAACCCUAUAACCUAGUGGUCCCAGUGGUCUAUAGUCCCCAGUCGGUCGUUUGGUCAAGACGGUCGGCCGCCCUGACCGCGCGGUGACUGUUAAGUGGUCCCUACGUGGUCCACUCGGGUGGUCAGAGAACUCCUCCACCCUCCUCACCCCACGUCCGCUGUGCAACCUCUACCCGGACCACCAUCUUGCAUGUGCUCCCACUCUGAAGCUGCACCUAAAGCAUGACGACAUACUUUUAACGGACUCGUAUGUAGAAAAAAACGGAUAAAUAGAUAUAUUAAAAUGAGCAAAAAAAAAUAAAGGAGACCAUAGUUUACUUUC